AUCCUCAUCUUAACAAAAAUAAAAUAUAUAUUCAAUAUAUAUAACAUAUUUAGAGCUGUGCUCUCACAAUCCUUUAUAUUAUUAGAUUAUUAUUAAAUUCUAAUUAAUUUCCUCUACUUAAAAUCUCAACCAUUUUCAUUCUUUUUAAUCAAUUAAUCAAGCAAUCAUGAAGUUAUCAUUAGUUCUUCCGAUUUGUUUGUCAUUUGUUAUCAUUUCUCAAGCUGCUCCUAUGAAUUUUGAUAAAAGACGUUUUGGUGUAGAACAUACUCCUGAAGCUGACGCUACUUUUCAAGAAGUAAAAGAUUUAGCUCAAGGUUCUGAUAAAGAAGCACAAGCUGGUAAUUUAUCAGGUGCUAUGGUAAGGGCUCUCUUAGCAAAGGCUCCAGCUUGCGAUCAACAAGAUAGAGCAGAUGAAAUAAUUGACCUUGGUAAAGAAUUUGGAGGUAAAAAAUUGGAUCAAUUUAUUGCAGUCGCAAAAACAUAUCGUCAACUUGAACGAAAUACUCCUAAGGCAGGCCAACCAUCUGAGCUUUGUGAUAAAAAACCAAGGAAUAAAGAACUUGAAGGAUUAACUCAAGCUCAAGAUCCAACCGGUAAAGUAGAAGACCCUAAAGAAGUAGAAGAUCCAGAAAAAGAAGACCCAGAAAAAGAAGACCAGAAAAAGAGGACCCAGAAAAAGAAGA